AUGAGGAUGACUUCUGUUGAAACCUCUUACUUGAAAGAUGCAAGAGCUAUUUUUCUUCCUUUUUUUCAGUUAAUAAGCUCUAUGAGCUCAGUAGCAGAGCACUGUCUCCCCUCCUUAUUACGCACCUUGUUUGAUUGGUACAGGCGUCAAAAUGGAACAGAAGAUGAAUCUUAUGAAUAUAGACCUCGGUCUAGCACAAAAUCAAAGGGGGAUGACCAACAACGUGAAAGAGAUUAUCUACUUGAAAGGAGGGACUUAGCUGUAGAUUUCAUUUUUUGUUUAGUUUUAAUAGAGGUUCUAAAACAGAUACCUGUUCAUCCAGUGCCAGAUCCUUUAGUACAUGAAGUUCUAAACUUGGCUUUUAAGCACUUUAAACAUAAGGAAGGGUAUUCAGGAACCAACACCGGGAAUGUGCAUAUUAUUGCAGACUUAUAUGCGGAAGUGACAGGGGUUCUUGCUCAAUCAAAGUUUCAAGCUGUUAGGAAGAAGUUUGUCACUGAAUUAAAGGAACUGCGGCAAAAAGAACAGAGUCCUCAUGUAGUACAAAGUAUCAUCAGUUUGAUUAUGGGAAUGAAGUUUUUUCGAGUAAAGAUGUAUCCUGUGGAGGAUUUUGAAGCAUCAUUUCAGUUCAUGCAGGAAUGUGCUCAAUACUUCCUGGAAGUAAAAGAUAAAGAUAUAAAACAUGCUCUUGCUGGUUUGUUUGUGGAAAUUCUCAUCCCUGUGGCUGCUGCUGUUAAAAAUGAAGUGAAUGUGCCAUGUUUGAAAAAUUUUGUGGAGAUGCUUUAUCAGACUACCUUUGAAUUGAGUUCAAGAAAGAAGCAUUCGCUGGCUUUGUAUCCACUGAUCACCUGCCUCUUGUGUGUCAGUCAGAAACAGUUUUUUUUAAAUAACUGGCACGUUUUCCUGCAGAACUGUUUGUCACAUCUAAAGAAUAAAGAUCCCAAAAUGUCCCGAGUUGCACUGGAAUCUUUGUAUAGGUUAUUAUGGGUUUAUGUUAUUAGAAUAAAAUGUGAAAGCAACACUGUAACUCAAAGCCGUCUCAUGAGCAUUGUAUCAGCACUUUUUCCAAAAGGAUCACGUAGUGUGGUCCCACGAGACACACCUCUGAAUAUAUUUGUGAAGAUUAUUCAGUUCAUUGCUCAGGAACGUUUGGAUUUUGCAAUGAAAGAAAUAAUAUUUGAUCUUCUUAGUGUUGGAAAAUCACCUAAAACCUUCACUAUUAAUCCAGAGAGGAUGAAUAUUGGCCUCAGAGUCUUCCUUGUAAUAGCAGAUAGCUUACAGCAAAAAGAUGGUGAACCACCAAUGCCAACAACAGGAGUUGUUCUUCCCUCAGGAAAUACUCUCCGUGUGAAGAAAAUUUUUCUUAAUAAAACACUGACAGAUGAGGAAGCAAAAGUUAUAGGAAUGUCCAUAUACUACCCUCAAGUCAGAAAAGCACUAGAUAGCAUUCUUAGGCAUUUGGACAAAGAAGUUGGAAGGCCCAUGUGCAUGACUAGUGUGCAGAUGUCCAAUAAAGAACCUGAAGACAUGAUUACGGGUGAGAGAAAACCUAAAAUAGAUUUGUUCAGAACUUGUAUUGCUGCUAUCCCAAGACUGAUUCCAGAUGGCAUGAGCAGGACUGACCUCAUUGAAUUGCUUGCAAGGCUGACAAUUCAUAUGGAUGAAGAACUUCGUGCCUUGGCUUUCAAUACUCUCCAAGCAUUAAUGCUUGAUUUUCCAGAUUGGCGGGAAGAUGUUCUUUCAGGAUUUGUAUAUUUUAUUGUGCGUGAAGUGACUGAUGUCCACCCAACGCUUCUUGACAAUGCAGUAAAAAUGUUAGUGCAGCUCAUAAAUCAGUGGAAACAAGCAGCCCAAAUGCACAAUAAAAACCAAGAUUCUCAGCAUGGUGUAUCCAAUGGAGCUGCCAAUACCCUUCCUCUGGAGAGGGCCCUUUAUUCUAGUGUAUUCCACGUGGUGGAAGGCUUUGCUUUGGUCAUCCUCUGCAGCACAAGGCCUGCCACCAGGAGAUUAGCUGUCAGUGUUCUCAGAGAAAUAAGGGCCUUGUUCACACUUUUAGAAAUUUCUAAGAGUGAUGAUGACUUGGCUAUAGAUGUAAUGGACAGACUAAGUGCUACUAUCCUGGAGAGUUUCAUACAUCUCACUGGGGCUGACCAGACUACUUUACUGUACUGUCCCAGUUCAAUAGAUUUACAAACUCUGGCUGACUGGAAUUCCUCCCCAAUCAGCCACCAGUUUGAUGUGGUCAGUCCAUCACAUAUAUGGAUAUUUGCACAUGUGACUCAAGGCCAAGAUCCAUGGAUUAUAAGUCUCUCAAGUUUUAUGAAACAGGAAAAUCUUCCAAAACACUGCCCAACAGCUGUAAGCUAUGCUUGGACAUUUGCUUAUACCAGACUCCAACUACUGUCUCCACAAGUGGAUAUAAAUAGCCCCAUCAAUGCAAAGAAAGUGAAUACUACUACAAGCAGUGACUCCUAUAUUGGGCUCUGGAGAAACUACCUGAUUCUUUGCUGCAGUGCAGCAUCUUCUUCAAACUCCUCCACCUCCACAGGCUCUGUGAGAUGUUCCCCUCCUGAGACGCUGGCGUCUACUCCUGACAGUGGUUAUAGCAUUGAUUCAAGAAUCAUUGGCAUUCCAUCCCCUUCCUCCCUGUUUAAACACAUAGUUCCAAUGAUGCGCUCUGAGAGCAUGGAAAUUACAGAAUCCCUUGUGCUGGGACUUGGCAGGACCAACCCAGGAGCUUUUAGGGAACUAAUAGAAGAAUUGCAUCCUAUAAUUAAGGAAGCACUUGAAAGAAGGCCAGAGAACAUGAAACGGCGCAGGCGUCGAGAUAUUUUACGAGUACAGCUAGUACGAAUAUUUGAACUGUUGGCAGAUGCUGGUGUCAUUAGUCACAGUGCAAGUGGUGGCCUUGAUAAUGAAACACAUUCCCUCAACAACACUUUACUUGAGUACGUUGAUCUAACGAGACAACUCCUAGAAGCAGAAAAUGAAAAGGAUUCUGAUACAUUGAAAGAUAUCCGAUGCCAUUUUAGUGCCUUAGUGGCAAAUAUAAUUCAAAAUGUUCCAGUACACCAGAGAAGAAGUGUCUUUCCGCAGCAGAGUCUACGCCAUAGUCUCUUUAUGUUGUUCAGUCAUUGGGCAGGUCCUUUUAGUAUCAUGUUUACUCCCCUCGACAGAUACAGUGAUAGGAACAUGCGAAUAAACAGACACCAAUACUGUGCAUUAAAGGCUAUGUCUGCUGUACUGUGUUGUGGCCCUGUUGCAGAUAAUGUUGGGCUCUCAUCUGAUGGCUAUUUAUACAAAUGGCUGGAUAAUAUUUUGGAUUCACAAGAUAAAAAGGUUCACCAGCUAGGCUGUGAGGCAGUCAUGCUGCUCUUGGAACUCAACCCUGACCAGAGUAACCUCAUGUACUGGGCCGUAGACCGGUGUUACACAGGUUCCAAGCGGGUAGCAGCUGGCUGUUUUAAAGCCAUAGCCAGCGUGUUCCAAAACAGGGAUUACCAGUGUGAUACAGUGACCCUCCUGAAUCUGAUACUAUUUAAAGCAGCUGAUUCUACUAGGGCUAUCUAUGAAGUUGCUAUGCAACUAUUACAGAUCUUGGAACCAAAGAUGUUCCGUUAUGCUCACAAACUGGAAGUCCAGCGGACGGAUGGGGUUUUGGGUCAGCCUUCUCCUUUACCGCAUCUGUAUUCUGUGUCAUAUUAUCAACUGUCAGAAGAGUUAGCAAGGACUUAUCCUGAACUAACACUUGCAAUCUUCUCAGAAGUAAGUCAGAGAAUCCAAACAGCUCACCCAGCUGGAAGACAGGUGAUGCUGCAUUAUCUGCUGCCAUGGAUGAACAAUAUUGAGCUGGUAGACUUGAAGCCUUUGCCAACCAUUCGUCGGCAAGAUGAAGAUGAAGAAGAUUCUUUGAAGGACAGAGAAAUAAUGGUGAACAGUAGACGAUGGCUACGGGGAGAAGGCUGGGGAUCACCACAGGCUACAGCUAUGGUUCUGAACAACUUGAUGUAUAUGACUGCAAAG